UGUCCCCAUGGAACAUGUGAUCUGACUCUACUCUGUCCCCAUGUAACAUGUGAUCUCUCUGACUCUACUCUGUCCCCAUGGAACAUGUGAUCUGACUCUACUCUGUCCCCAUGUAACAUGUGAUCUGACUCUACUCUGUCCCCAUGGAACAUGUGAUCUGACUCUACUCUGUCCCCAUGGAACAUGUGAUCUGACUCUACUCUGUCCCCAUGGAACAUGUGAUCUGACUCUACUCUGUCCCCAUGGAACAUGUGAUCUGACUCUACUCUGUCCACAUGUAACAUGUGAUCUGACUCUACUCUGUCCCCAUGGAACAUGUGAUCUGACUCUACUCUGUCCCCAUGGAACAUGUGAUCUCUGACUCUACUCUGUCCCCAUGGAACAUGUGAUCUCUGACUCUACUCUGUCCCCAUGUAACAUGUGAUCUCUGACUCUACUCUGUCCCCAUGGAACAUGUGAUCUCUGACUCUACUCUGUCCCCAUGGAACAUGUGAUCUCUCUGACUCUACUCUGUCCCCAUGGAACAUGUGAUCUCUCUGACUCUACUCUGUCCCCAUGUAACAUGUGAUCUCUCUGACUCUGAACCUCUUUCAUGUGAGGUUAACCUCUUCUAUUGUGUGACCCUCUGAAGCCCCGCCCCCCAUGUGUCUGAAGCCCCGCCCCCAUGUUCCUUCAAGCUGAGCCUCUAAAGUUACCUUACAAUCAGUAUUUUGGAGGCGUGUCCUCGAUGAGUAAGGACCAAUACCUGAAGAUCAAUGGCUUCCCCAACAACUACUGGGGCUGGGGGGGCGAGGACGACGACAUCUUCAACAGGUUGUCCUCUCGAGGCAUGUCCAUCUCCAGACCUAGUGGAGACGUGGGGAAGUGCAGGAUGAUCCGCCACGACAGAGACAAGCAGAACGACCCCAACCCCCAGAGGUUCGACCGGAUCGCUCACACCAGAGAGACGAUGCACAGAGACGGAUCAGCUCCGUGUCCUACCGGCUGCUGAGGACGGAGAAGCUGGAGCUCUUCACCAAGGUCACGGUGGACCUGGGGAAACCAUGACGACCAGCUGGUUCGGUCUAGUCCGGUCCGGUCUCACGAGCUGGACCCAAACAUCAGCUUUAUUUUGCACAAGCACACAGACGGACUCUGAGACUCGUCUCUGAUUGGAAGAUGACUGCAGCCAAUCCGCUGCCUCCACCAGGUUGCCACUCAUCCAAUCACAGCUGCUGGUCUCACUGGUGGGGGAUUGUGGGUAAUAAAGGGGUCUCAUUUAGAACCACCAGCGCUAAGAGAGCAGCUGAAGCAGGUUGUAGAUGUUGUGCAUUUCAUAUCCCAUAAUACUCAGAUAAGCUGCUUGGGGGUAAACCGAUGACAUCACAUUACACAUCUAGACUCCUCCAACCAAUCACAGCCCUCCUUCACUGCGUUAUUUCACUUCCUGUUACAGAUCAUCCGGAAUAUAAUGGAGGAAUCUGAUUGGCUGUCAGAUGCUGACUUUCUGUAAGUUAGGAACACUUUUGGUUUUAUUUACAGAACAUGGUCCGGUCCCGGGUCCGGACCCGGGUUCCAAUGAAUCCUGGUUCUCAACCUGAUCACUGAGGUUUGUGUAAGAAACUUCUUAAAGGGACAGUCGUGUUAUUGUGAGCUGUUGGUGGUUGUUGUUGUUGUGUUUGAAGAGAACAGAAAGGUGAAACUGAUUCUGUAGUAAAACGGUGACCAUGAGAAGAAGCUCAUCACUGUAGCUGUCCCUUUAAAUCAUUCCCAUUAGCUGUUGAGGCUAAGGCUAGCUGUUGAGGCUAACACUAGCCGUUGAGGCUAAGGCUAGCUGUUGAGGCUAACACUAGCCAUUGAGGCUAAGGCUAGCUGUUGAGGCUAACGUUAGCUGUUGAGGCUAAGGCUAGCCGUUGAGGCUAAGGCUAGCCAUUGAGACUAACGUUAGCUGUUGAGGCUAAGGCUAGCCGUUGAGGCUAACACUAGUUGUUGAGGCUAACGCUAGCCGUUGAGGCUAAGGCUAGCCAUUGAGACUAACGUUAGCUGUUGAGGCUAAGGCUAGCUGUUGAGGCUAAGGCUAGCCAUUGAGGCUAACACUAGUUGUUGAGGCUAAUGUUAGCUGUUGAGGCUAGGGCUAGCUGUUGAGGCUAAGGCUAGCCGUUGAGUCUAACACUAGCUGUUGAGGCUAGGGCUAGCUGUUGAGGCUAAGGCUAGCUGUUGAGGCUAAGGCUAGCCGUUGAGUCUAACACUAGCUGUUGAGGCUAGGGCUAGCUGUUGAGGCUAAGGCUAGCCGUUGAGUCUAACACUAGCUGUUGAGGCUAGGGCUAGCUGUUGAGGCUAAGGCUAGCCGUUGAGUCUAACACUAGCUGUUGAGGCUAAGGAGUGCGUCGUCACGGUAACCCAGCUGCUAAUCAGUCGUUGAGUCUGUUCUCGUGGUCGAAGGAUUUCAUUUAUCUCUUGUUCCCGAGGGGAGAACGAAUGUUCAUGCUGUUGAGAAUAUUACAUUCUGAUUAUUGAUUAUUGUUGAAUUACCUGAAAAAAGAAUCUUAAAUCUCAAUCAACACGUCAGGUGGUUAAUUAAAGUAAUUGAUGAAAAGCUUUGAGCCUAAAUAGAAGCAUAGAUCCUGAAGUCUAGAAGUGUCCUAAUCAUCUCAUCAUUGAUCCAAAUCAUCAAUAUAUCGAUCAAUCUGUGUUUGUUGCUGUUGACAUGUUUAACUUCAUUGUUUAGAGAACAAGUGACUGAAUCACUGCGAUGUGCCUUAAUGAAUGCAGAGUACUGGUGGUGCUGGUCGGAGUGGACCGCCCACAUGAAAUAUAAGAAAUACAACUCCC